AUGGAUUUGAGAUGAUCUGAUUUUUGUCACUCUUCUUAGUCCUCAGUGCUGCAUUCAGAACCAAAAUCAACUGUGGGAACUCCAGCGUACAUUGCCCCAGAAGUCUUACAAAGGCGAGAAUAUGAUGGCAAGAUUGCAGAUGUUUGGUCGUGUGGGGUGACCUUAUAUGUGAUGCUAGUAGGUGCUUAUCCCUUUGAGGAUCCUGAAAAACCUAAAGACUUUCGGAAGACAAUUCUGAGAGUUAUUAACGUUCAGUAUUCCAUCCCAGAAAAUGUCCAAAUAUCGCUUGAGUGUCGGCAUCUGAUCUCUGGAAUAUUUGUUGCAGACCCUGCAAAGAGGAUUUCCAUCCCUGAGAUAAAGAGUCAUCCAUGGUUCCUGAAGAAUUUGCCUGCCGAUCUUAUAGAUGAGAAGACAAUGGGCAAUCGUUUCGAAGAGCCUGAUCAACCAAUGCAGAGCGACGAGACGAUCAUGCAGAUAAUUGCUGAGGCCACUAUUCCGGCGAUCCCGCCCCAUGGCCUUAAUCAAUUUGUCGCUGAUAGCCUGGACAUGGAUGAUGAUGACAUGGAUGACUUGGACUUUGAAUCCGAGCUAGACAUUGACAGCAGUGGUGAAAUAAUCUAUGCAUUAUGAUGAAAGGUCUCUGUAGGCAGAAGUUCUGGAUGAUAGCUUAGUUUCUGAAAGUAAGUGAUUUGCAUCAACUAUUUAUAAUAAGCCAAGAGAAAUAUCUCCGUCUGUCUUAGAUUAGGAUGAAUACUGUGGAAAGAGUACAUUAUCUAAACCUCUUGUUUUGUGAAAUGGACAUUUACAUUUGUCAGGCUCUCUAAGCUGUC